CUACAACCUUUCAACCAGUCCAGUCCUAAUUCAAAGAAAUGAGUAAAAAGAAAGUGUUGGUGGUGGGAGGCACUGGCUACUUGGGACAGCAUCUUCUUCAAGCCUUAUCAGAGAUCCAAGGAACACCGUAUGACGUGUCAGCCACUCAACUCUCCACUCCACCUCCUCAGCCUUUGCUUGACGCCCUUCCUCCCUCUUUCUCUUUUUUUCAUGUCGAUUUGAAAUCUGGAUCAGGGUUCGAUGCCGUUUCACUCAAAUUUGGUCAGCCCGAUGUUGUUGUGAACUGUGCUGCUCUCUCCGUGCCACGUGUUUGUGAAAAGGAUCCUGAUUCUGCUAUGUCUAUAAAUGUUCCUUCAUCUAUUGUAAAUUGGUUAUUGAGCUUUACCGAGGAUAAAGAAACUCUUGUGAUUCAUCUAUCAACGGAUCAAGUUUACGAAGGGGUGAAGUCAUUCUACAAAGAAGAAGAUGAAACUGUUCCAGUGAAUGUUUAUGGCAAAUCAAAAGUUGCAGCUGAGAAGUUUAUCUCUGAGAAAUGCUCCAACUUUGCAAUUUUGAGAAGCAGUAUUAUCUUUGGCCCACAAACUAUUUCACCUGUACCUAAGUCUCUUCCAAUUCAGUGGAUGGAUGGUGUUCUCGCUAAAGGAGAUAAAGUGGAGUUUUUCCAUGAUGAGAACCGCUGCCCAGUAUAUGUGAAGGAUGUUGUGACUAUCAUAAAGGCUUUGACAGAUAGAUGGUUUUCAGAGGGUAAGCAAAUGCAAUUACUAUUGAAUGUUGGUGGACCAGAUAGGGUAUCACGAGUUCAAAUGGCUGAGGCAGUGGCAGAUAUAAGAGGAUACAACACAUCCUUAAUCAAACCAGUGUCUGCGUCAUCUGUCGACCGUGGUGUCAUGUCCCCUGCUGAUAUAUCCAUGGAUAUCACCAAAUUGGUUCAAACACUUAAUAUCUGUCCAGUAACAUUCAGAGAUGGUGUCAAACUGACACUAGCAGAAGAAGGAAAAUCUUAA